AGUGUCCAGAUACACAGCAUUUAAUGACGGAAAGACUGAGAGCAAAACAUUUCCCCUUGAAUGUUUAAUGAAAUUGUGCAUGACAAUGAACAUAGUAAGAAGAAAGGAAAUAUAAUCAAAGAUAAAACAAGCAAUACUGCAGGUCAGAUAGCUUAAAUAUUUAUACAUAUGAUAUUAAGUAAAUACAUUUACAAUAAAAAUGUGAAGAAAUUUACAAAAAUAUAAAUAUAUACAAUACCAUGCCAUGCAGUCACACUGAUGAGCUGAAUAUAAAUCUGGCCACAUGCUUGUUUUCUUCUGGCCCAGUAAAUAUGUAGUUCACGGGCCGAAUCAGCAUAGUUGUUAGAUGCUAUUCUUCCGCAUUUGGACCAAUUCUGGCGCACACAGAACAUCUGCCCUCAAAUAGCUUGAAAAAUCAUGAAUUUAUAGAUCAGAAGAAAAGGGGACAGAGCAGAAACAAUUUUGUAUUAAGCAGUAAUUUACACACACACACACACACACACACCAAUUAAUCUAUCUUUAAAAGCCCAGAACAUCUCACAAUAUAAAACAAUAGAGAGAAGCAAUAGACAAGAACAUGAUAGAAUGUGUAAGUUAUCACAAGCAGACAUGAGUGCACAUUAAACUAUAUGUAAUAAAUAUGUUUUUUAUAUUUUCUCUAAUUUCUGUAAUCUCUAUGGGUCUUCGAACACCCCUCAAAUAAAGCAAUAAUACAUAGUGUCCUGCUUUAAGAUUCAAAGUACAGACCAUGUAACCACAUUGUCACAGGUUAGAGUCCAGACCUUUGCUGCAUGACAUCCCCCAUCUCUCUCUUUCCUGUCUCUGUUGUCUAUACUCCUCAAUAAAGGCACAAAAUUCUCCAAAAAUAUUUAAGAAGGAAACAAAAUAUGAAGGAAGAAUUACUCUCAUGUACAUACUGAGGCCAUGACUGGAGGUGAGGGCUCACAAGCCAGGAAGUUUGGGAUAGACUGCCUUAGAUUCAAACUCUAAAACAUACACUUUCACAGCAGCAUUUAUUACACGUCAAAUUACACAGCCAACAAAUAAAUAAUUAAAUCAGUAUUUGUGAGUUUGCAAAAGAAAACCAGCAGCUGAGGUCUGCUAGGACAACAGAUGGAGUAAAAUAUUUAACGCAGGACUCAUGUUGCAUUAUCAUGGCAUCUAUCAUACGUGUGCUAGAUACCAAGUGUAUCAUUUCAUACACAUUACCAGAGGACAGGCUGGUUUAUUUUGUAUGUCUGGAACAAGCAUCAACUUCAGAGGCUCAAAAAGUGUCAAAACCUGCAGUUCCUCUAAUGACCACUAGAGUCUGGCUCCAACAGUGAGUCAGUCCCCAUAGACUCCCAUGUUAAAAUGUCCAACUUUACAGCAGGAAUAAACAUGUUUACAGCCCGGUAAAGUUUUGGUCUCAAUAACUAAUUUCCUCCUUCAUGACACCUGUUUAUAUAACUCACCUGUUUACAUUUUAUUAAGACUUAAAGUUAUGGAGAACUGAAGGCGUGGCCUCUUUGAGUGACAGGUGGGUGAGCGUAUGCUUGACACAAACUGGCAUGAACCAAAGUCUCAGCUCCACACUCACGGCUCCACUUUGAUCAUUUUUGGAUUAGCUGGGAGUUAGGGGCGGAGUCAGGUACUGCCAAGAUGGCGACGGUUGAGCAGGUCACUGAGCAUCAAAACUGCUCUUCAGAAACCCGUGAGUGACGUCACAGAGGCUGCGUCCAUCUUUAUUUACAGUCUGUGCUCUGGAAGCACUGGGAUCCCCACUAGAAGUUCACUUUAAAGUUGUGUUUGGUGGCACAUCAAGAGUUUUAUUGAGGUUUUAAUGUUAGAAUAUUUAAAGAUUAAGAAGAAAAUAAGAUUAGUUGCUCUUGAGGCAUUACUGUAUAAAAAAGAGGCUUCAGUGACUCCAGUUCUGUAUUUCAGGGUUAAAAUGAUCUAAAACCUCUGAUAUAAGUUGGUCAUUUAAACUUAAUGGAGCAGUCUGAGCAGAGGGUUUUAAGUCCAAUGUUGUAUUUGACGUGAACGCAAACUCUCAGCCAAUAGAUCUGCAAAAAAUUAUCCUUGUACGCAUUACAUGGCAUUGUUCAUUUAUUUGACUAGAGGGUGACUCAUUCAUUCAAACUGCACACCCAUUACAGAGAGAGAGAGAGAGAGAGAGAGAGAGAGAGAGUAAGAGAGGAACAGCCACCUACUACUGAGCCAAACUUGAGGCCAACCUCUCUCCUCUCCACCCAUCUCAUUCUUUCCUACAUGGGCACUCACAGAUGAGUUUGCAGACAGAGCAGUAACAGACUCCAGACAACGACAGACUCUCAGAACACGAGAUAAAGAAAGAAAAUCAACAGACGAGCCAACAAACAUUCUUGGAGCAGAGUUUUCUCUUCUUCUUCUUCUUCAGCUUUAAAAAGCAGAUAGGAGCAAUGGCGACACCCAAAAACACUCCCCGAGGUGCAAGCACACCACUGUCCCCCAACCGCAUCACCCGGCUCCAGGAGAAGGAGGACCUGUGCAACCUCAACGACCGUCUGGCGGUCUACAUCGACAAGGUCCGCUCUCUGGAGGCAGAGAACGCUGGUCUGCGUCUGCGCAUCACCGAGUCCGAGUCGGAGGUGAGCCGGGAGCUGACGGGCCUGAAGGCCGCCUACGAGACGGAGCUGGCCGAUGCCCGUCAGACUCUGGACUCUGUGGCCAAAGAGCGAGCGCGACUGCAGCUGGAGCUGGGGAAGCUGAGGGAGGACUACAAGGAGCUGAAGGCCAGAAACACCAAGAAGGAGUCGGAACUGGCCGGAGCGCUGCAGAGGCUCAAAGAUCUGGAGGCUCUGCUGAAUUCGAAGGACGCGUCUUUGACUACAGCUCUGGGGGAGAAGCGUAACCUCGAGGUGGAAAACCGGGACCUGAAGGCCCAGGUUGCCAAGCUGGACACCAGUUUGGGCGAUGCCAAGAAACAGCUGCAGGACGAGAUGCUGAGGAGGGUGGACGGAGAGAAUCGCAUCCAGACUCUCAAAGAGGAGCUGGAGUUUCAGAAAAACCUCCACUCUGAGGAACUGCGGGAGAUAAAGCGGCGCCACGAGUCUCGUAUGGUUGAGCUGGACAAUGGCCACCAGCAGGAUUUUGAAAGCAAACUGGCUGAGGCGCUGGUGGAGAUGCGCAACCAGCACGAAGUGCAGAUCAAAAUGUACAAGGAUGAGGUUGAGAAGACCUACAAUACCAAGCUGGAAAGUGCCCGUCAGUCUGCGGACAGGAGCAGCCACCUGGUGGGAGCAGCACACGAGGAGCUGCAGCAGACACGAAUCCGCCUGGAGUCCACAUCUGCCCAGCUCAGCCAGCUGCAGAAGCAGCUGGCGGCUCGCGAGGCGAAGGUGAGGGACCUGGAGGACGCCCUGUCUCGGGAGCGGGACACCACACGCCGCCUGCUGGGAGAGAAAGACAGAGAAAUGGCUGAGAUGAGGCAGCAGAUGCAGCAACAGCUGGAUGAGUAUCAGGAGCUCCUGGAUGUCAAGCUGGCUCUGGAUAUGGAGAUCUGUGCUUACAGGAAGCUGCUGGAGGGAGAGGAGCAGAGGUUGCGUCUGUCUCCCAGCCCUCCGCCCACCAGAGUAGCAGGAAGUCGUUCCUCUACAUCAGCAGGUCACUCUCGAUCGAUCCACUGCAGCGCUCAGACCUCUCCUGCCAAGAGGCGCCGCCCCAACGACACGGACAGCGAGGCUUCCAGCUUCGCGGGAGGAGCUGUGGCUCGCACUCGCAUCACCCAGCAGGCGUCAGCCAGCGGACGGGUCACUGUGGACGAGGUGGACCUGGAUGGGAAAUAUGUCAGACUCAGCAACAAAGCAGAUGAGGAUCAGAAUUUAGGGAACUGGCAGGUGAGGCGGCAGGUGGGAUCGGGUGCAGCCAUCUCUUUCAAGUUCCCAGCUAAAUUCACCUUGAAAGCUGGGCACAGGGUCACGAUCUGGGCCUCUGGUGCUGGUGGAGCCCACAAUCCUCCCUCUGACCUGGUGUGGAAAACUCAGCCCUCCUGGGGCACCGGAGACUUGUUCCAGACCACUCUGAUCAGUGCCAGUGGAGAGGAAAUGGCGAUGAGAAAAGUCACCCGCACACAGUUUGAAGAAGAAGACGAUGACAUGCAGGUGGCUCACAGCACUUGUGGGGACAGCGAGUACAACCUGCGGAGCCGGACCGUGGUCUGCGGCUCUUGCGGACUUCCUUCAGACAAAUCCAGCAACUGUUCUGUGAGCUCGGCUUCCCGCUCCUUCCGCAGCGGUGGCCUCUCCGAGGGUUUGCUGCCUCACUCAUACGUCUUCAGCGCCAGCACUCCUCGCAAGACCGGAGGCAGAAUGGAGAGCUGUCCAAUCAUGUGAACCCAUCCAUGGUGAAACACUUAAAUUCCCCUAGUUAUUUCCCUCAGUUACUAGUUCUUCAGUUACCAGUUGUAGUUAUGAAGUUCAUUUUAUGUACUUUUGAAAUAAUUGUAUGCAAUAAAAUUUUAUACUGUUUUUUUAUACUGUAUAUAGGCAUGCAUAUUAAAUAUUUUCUGGAAUUUGAAUGGUGAUUAAAUCAGUCACGUCUGUUUGUAUUGAUGGCAUUAAGAAUUGGAAACUUAUACCAGUCUUCCAGCUGACAGUAAAACAUGAACCUAUCAGCUGUUUUAACACUUAAACAGCUUAAAACAUCAGUUUGGGCUAAUUUAUUCUAGCUGUUACAUAAAAUCAGAUUUUUACAGUUAGAUCAGAUUUUCAUUACAUUAUAUGAACAUAUUGAUGCAGCAGGGUUGCAGAAAAAUAAUUUGUGUUCAAUUGUGUUAAAAAAAUAUGUUUAUUUUUGAAUAAGAGUUUAAGCUGAGUUGAAGUAAACUGACCCCGACCUUGCUGCAGAUACACAGAAUAUUGUGUAUUUUUGCUGAUAUCAAUAAACAUGUUUUCAGAAA